AUUUAUAUGUUUUCAGUGCAAAAAGAAAAAUACACAAAAUAAAAAAGUAUUUAGAAAAAUACAGUCGCCCCCUCUCUCACUCAGUAGCCAUGUCCAUGGACAAAGGCACCUUCGAAGCUCUGGUUCCUUCUCGUUUCAUCACCUUCACAUUCCCUAACCCCUCUCACUCCACCACCACCACCGCCACUCACUACCACCUUCACACCCAACUCCUCCGAGUCGCUGUCCUUGACUCACCCAAUCAACCCACCACCACCAACCCACCUCGAAUCGCCGCCAUGAUCGUCCCAACCCACCGUGAAACCGACUGGAUCUUCUCCACCGACACGGGCCACCUCCAACUCAUCCUCAACUCCGACGAAAUCUCCCGCCUCAUCCUCAUCGGAAACCUCCCUAUCGAUUCUCACCCCACAAUCUACACUCGUCCAAUCUCAAUCGACCCAACUCUCCAAUCAAAACUCGCAGAGAGCUUAACCCCUUUAUUACUCGCUCUGUCUCCGAAAUCGGCUUUCAAGUAUGGUUUGCCCGAAAUUCCAUUUUUGGGUUACGAAGACGAUGUGAUUAGGAGUGUGAUUGUGGAGAGAUGUGUUGGGGACUGUGUUGGUGAAAUGUUGAUCGAGGAUGUUGAAUUGGAGGGUAAGCGAGAGUUUCAGAGGAGAUUGAGAUUUAAGAGAAUGCCCAAUUUGAUUCAGACCCAGAUACGUAUUAUCCCCAAUGCAAGUUUGGAUUCUGUGAAUUUAGGUGAUGUAGAAUUUGGGCUAGACAUGGCGAGUUUGGUUCAUCCUUAUUUGACUCCAAUGGUGGCGAGUCUUUCGUUGAUCGGUUCGUAUUUGGAAGAGAGAAUUCGAGGUGGGUUUAGGCCGAAAGCAUUGUGUUUGGGAGUUGGAGGCGGAGCUUUACUUACAUUCUUGAAUAACCAAUUGGGUUUUGAGGUCACAGGGUUGGAGGCAGACGAGAUUGUUUUAAAUAUUGCAAAGAAGCAUUUUGGAUUACAAGAUAGUAAAUAUGUUCGCUUUUGUGUUGGAGAUGGAAUUGAAUUUGUAGAGAAACUUGCAGGCCAAUAUCGAAAACCCAAUUGUGAUUGUGUAGAUAAUGGUUGUUGUUUAGACAAUGUUGACUGUUUGGAUGCUAAAUUUGAUGUGAUUAUGGUUGAUUUGGAUUCAAGUGAUGCUGGAAUGGGUAUAAUGGCGCCACCGCUGGAGUUUGUUGGGAAGUCUGUUCUUCUUGCUGCUAGAUUGGUUCUUUCUGAGCAUGGAAUUCUUGUUAUCAAUGUGAUUCCUCCAAGCAGGUCAUUCUAUGAGACAUUGAUACAUAAGUUCCAGGAGUUUUUUGAGGAAUUGUACGAAAUAGAUGUUGGAAAUGGAGAGAAUUUUGUACUUAUUGCCACUGCAUUACCAAUUGGAACUGCUUCAAUUGACUAUGAGAAUUCUUUUCUAUCAAAGUUGAAACUGGUUAUUUCAGGAGCCUAUUUGGAUUCCGUGAGGAAAAUUUGAAAGUUAGGCAGUGGUAUGUUGACAAACUUGCUCUCUAACUCUUUGAAGGGUUCAAGGCUGAGGAAUCUUCAAGUAAUGGCUAACAAUCGUAAUCAGUACUUUUCCUUGUCCCCUACAUCUUUAUAAACCCUCUUUAUCUCACUCUAGAAUUCCCACUAGUCACUUAUCUAUAUUCCACAACCUGACCUGAACCCAAAGUACAAACCCAAUAACCGUAUAGGAUUGCAGAAUACAAGACACACACUCAACACCCAACGACCUAUGCUAAGAGUACUGGUCCUUAUCUGGUAAUUUUCGCGCAGGUGUUGAAUGUUUGAGCUUUCCCUUACAUCAUUUGAAGUUAUUUGGUAGUUAUGGCACAGAACGAAAUUGUUGACAUAAAUUGUGCUUUGGGAGUUGAUUUUCUACAUUUUUGGAACUUAUUGGGUUGUGCUUGGGGUGAUUGCUGUUGAUUUGAUUCAAUGCAUGGUUGAAGGCAAUCUUAGUGCACAAGGCUUCCUCUACUACGGGGUUUGGUAUACGCAUUCAUACCGAUCAGAUCACAAUUGAGCAACUUAUUGCGAUGCUAAGGCGAGGAAAAGUUAUCGGCACAUGUAAAGUGUUUGUCGAGUGGGGAGUAGAUGCACUUGUGAGGAUAUUGAUAUAUGCCAAUUCACAUAGUCAAUUGUAUGCUCAACAUCUAAUGGGUCGUUAGGCACACCAAAUAUAAAUACUAAAUUAUA